AUGGCGCGGCGGCCGCGCGUGCCGCUGUGGGCGGCGGCGGCGGCGCUGCUGAGCCGCGUGGCGCUGGCGCUGGCGGCGGGGCCGGUGGUGCGGUGCGAGCCGUGCGACGCGCGCGCCCUGCAGGCCUGCCGCCCGCCGGCCCCGGACUGCGCCGAGCCGGUGCGGGAGCCCGGCUGCGGCUGCUGCCUGACGUGCGCCCUGCCCCGGGGCCGCCCGUGCGGCGUCUACACCGAGCGCUGCGGCGCGGGGCUCCGCUGCCGCCCGCCCGCCCGCGAGCCCAAGCCCCUGCAGGCCCUCCUCGACGGCAGGGGCCUCUGCGCCGACGCCCAGACCCCCACCGCGGCCCCGGCGGGCGGCGGCGCCAGGCUCCGCGACCACCUCCUCCUCCUCGCGCGGGGGAGCCCCGGGCCAGGCAAUGCCAGCGAUUCAGAGGAAGACCAGAAUUUCAGCAGCACAGAGAAUCAGUCUGUCCCCAACACACACCGGGUGUCGGAUUCCAAGUCACACGCUCACUACACCAAAAUAGAUAUCAUCAGGAAAGAGCAAACCAAAAAUACCCAGCGUUACAAGUACGAUUCACAGAGCACAGACACGCUGAAUUUCUCUUCAGAGUCCAAGCAGGAGACUGAAUAUGGUCCUUGCAGGCGAGAAAUGGAAGACACCUUAAACAAUCUAAAGAUCCUGAACGUCUUAAGCCCGAGGGGAUUGCACAUUCCCAAUUGUGACAAGAAGGGAUUCUACAAGAAAAAACAAUGCCGUCCAUCCAGAGGCCGGAAAAGAGGCUACUGCUGGUGUGUGGAUAAAUACGGGCAACCCCUCCCUGUGUAUGACGGGAAGGGGAAAGGAGAUGUUCAUUGCUACAAUUUAGAAAGCAAAUGAGAGACGACGUGCACCAUCUUCCAUGGAAUCUGUGUGUGGCAUCUAGAGGCCUUAGAGUGACUGGGAUUUAGCGUGGACUGUGUUGGACUUGCAAUUUCCAGGUCCUGCCCCCUGCUUAUAUUGGGGGGACGAAUGACUCUGUGGACGCUGCAGCUGCAUCCGGCCACUGUCACACUUCCAGCUUUCUAUAGAUUCGCGCAGGGAGCUCUGAAAUCCCCAAUAAAUCUGCACUAUUGAUCCCCAGAAAGAAUAAGAGGAAAAAAAGGCACUUCAGAAUGGAUUCAGGGAGACUCCACUGACUUUUGUUUUGUUUGUUUUAAAUAACGGCCUGUGACCAAUUUGAUCCCGAAAGAUAACU